AACAACAACAACAACAACAACAACAACAACAACAACAACAACAACAACAACAACAACAACAACAACAACAACAACAACAACAACAACAACAACAACAACAACAACAACAACAACAACAACAACAACAACAACAACAACAACAACAACAACAACAACAACAACAACAACAACAACAACAACAACAACAACAACAACAACAACAACAACAACAACAACAACAACAACAACAACAACAACAACAACAACAACAACAACAACAACAACAACAACAACAACAACAACAACAACAACAACAACAACAACAACAACAACAACAACAACAACAACAACAACAACAACAACAACAACAACAACAACAACAACAACAACAACAACAACAACAACAACAACAACAACAACAACAACAACAACAACAACAACAACAACAACAACAACAACAACAACAACAACAACAACAACAACAACAACAACAACAACAACAACAACAACAACAACAACAACAACAACAACAACAACAACAACAACAACAACAACAACAACAACAACAACAACAACAACAACAACAACAACAACAACAACAACAACAACAACAACAACAACAACCAACAACAACAACAACAACAACAACAACAACAGCAACAACAACAACAACAACAACAGCAAAAACAUCAACAACAACAACAACAACAACAACAACAACAACAACAACAACAACAACAACAACAACAACAACAACAACAACAACAACAACAACAACAACAACAACAACAACAACAACAACAACAACAACAACAACAACAACAACAACAACAACAACAACAACAACAACAACAACAACAACAACAACAACAACAACAACAACAACAACAACAACAACAACAACAACAACAACAACAACAACAACAACAACAACAACAACAACAACAACAACAACAACAACAACAACAACAACAACAACAACAACAACAACAACAACAACAACAACAACAACAACAACAACAACAACAACAACAACAACAACAACAACAACAACAACAACAACAACAACAACAACAACAACAACAACAACAACAACAACAACAACAACAACAACAACAACAACAACAACAACAACAACAACAACAACAACAACAACAACAACAACAACAACAACAACAACAACAACAACAACAACAACAACAACAACAACAACAACAACAACAACAACAACAACAACAACAACAACAACAACAACAACAACAACAACAACAACAACAACAACAACAACAACAACAACAA